CAAAACCAAGCCCAAAAACCAUCUCUCCUCCACAUUCUCUCCGUCUCACACACACACACACACAAAGACUCCCUCUUUCUUUCUCUUCCACCCGCCGCCUCCUUCUUCCGGCGAAGUCUCUGCCGCAAGCACCCUCUCUGCCCUCUCUCUCGUCGAAAAAUCUCGGUCAUCGCUUUGGAUCAACAACUUAACCCAAAUUCCAAAAAUAUUAGUCUCCUUCGAUUCAAUUAUAGGGUUUCUUACCUCUGGGCUCCGACAUCGCUUUCCCAUAUCCCCCAAAUUGAAACCAUUCUCUAAAUCUUCCGAAUUUCUUCAAUCUCGCAUCGGAAAAUAUGCCUCAGAGACACUCGAAGAACAACAACGAUUUAGCAUUCUUCACGUACGAUGAGAAGCGGAAGCUAGGGUACGGCACGCAGAAUGAGAGAUUGGGAAGAGAUUCCAUCAAACCCUUCGACGCAUGUUCUCUCUGCUUGAAGCCCUUUAUUGAGCCCAUGUCCUGCGCCAAAGGACAUCUUUUCUGCAAGGAGUGCAUUUUGGAGUGUCUUUUGGCACAGAAGAAAGAUAUUCAUAGAAAGUCAGCCGCCCAUUCUGCUCAACAGAAACAAGAAAAAGAAGACGAAGAAGAGAAGCUCAUGCUGCAAAAAGCUAGAGAGCUCGAUGCAUUUGAUCAGCAGAACCAUGGAGCAAUACCACAGUACAAUGAUAAAAACUACAAUAGAGACAAGAACGGUUUCCAUGGAGCUAACAGUGUAAAGGCCACUUCAUAUGAAGAGGAAGCACUCCGUACUAUGAAGGCAUUUUGGCUGCCUUCUGCAACACCCGAAGCUCCUAAUAAAGUGCAGGCUCCGUCAGCAGACACAAAAUGCCCCGAAGGGAACGAAAAACUCAGGUUGAAGACACUUUUUCCCGUGGUUUUCACGGAAGACACAAAUGAAGAGAAGAGAUCAACUUCCCUUGACAAGACUUAUAUCUGCCCUAGCUGCAAGGUGACACUAACAAAUACACUCUCACUCGUGGCCUUGAGUUCUUGCGGGCAUGUCUUCUGCAAGAAGUGCGCUGAUAAGUUCAUUGCUGUCGAUAAGGUUUGUCUAGCCUGCGACAAGCCUUGCAAAGAGAGGAAUCUUGUUAAUCUUGCCAAGGGAGGAACUGGUUUUGCAGGCCAUGGAGAUCAUCUCGAAGCCAAAGACUUUAAACAUUUAGGAAGCGGGUCGGGCCUCGGGCUAGUAAGACCAGCAACCAAGACUUGAUUUUGAGAUUCCAUAGAUACAGUUGGAGUUUGUUUUAUAUCAUAUAUUUUACCUUUGUUGUAAUUGGACAUCUGUUAUUCAUCUUUGUUGUAAUGCAAUCCUUCCCCUCAACUGCAAGAAACGAAGGUGCCAGAUUGUAUCUAUGGUGAAUGCACAGAAAUUCGAGUUUUUAAGUCAA